AAUGAAUUAAUUCAAUGACGUCAAAAUCCUUCGUGAAAUAUUGCUAGAUUGUAUGUAGAUGCCUAUUAAUUGUAGGUAAGAGUCUGUCGAAACAUACGAAAAUUUGUUAUUUGCAUGCAUUUGGUGUCGAUCCUAUUUAAGUAAGGAAUAGUUAUAAACAAACGCAUUUCAAGUGUAAACGUAGCUAGUAGCAUUACAAUAAGUCAUGCUGAAUUAUACGUUACGGUUGCGGAGGGUGGCCCAGACAAUCUGGCUACCUUGCAGAUAUGCCAGUGAGGCUUUCACAAGGAGGUUCGAAGGAAAAAUUGCAGUUCUCACGGCGUCGACUCAAGGAAUUGGACUGGAUACAGCAAGAAGAUUUGCCUUAGAAGGAGCCAAGGUGCUGAUAUGCAGUAGAAAGCAAAAAAAUGUCGACGAAGCUGUACGAACGUUGGCCAACGAGGGGUUAGAUGUGAAGGGGGUUGUGUGUCAUGUUGGCAAACAGGAGGAGAGAGAUCAUCUUCUGAAUGAGGCUGCCAAACUGGGAGGGAUAGACAUAUUAUUCGCAAAUGCGGCGGUGAAUCCGGUACCAGGACCGAUCGUUGAAUGCACCGAAGGCGUCUGGGAUAAAAUUUUCGACGUAAAUUUGAAAUCGACAUUCUUCCUCGCCAAGGAAAGCUUGCCAUUGAUGAGGCAACGUCAAGGCGGAUCAAUAAUUUUAAUGUCGACACAAUCGGCUUACGUACCCGUCCAAAACAUUGGCAUUUACGGCGUAAGCAAGACCGCCCUGUUGGGUCUAACGAAGACGAUGGCAGACGAGCUGGCCGAGUACAACAUAAGGGUGAAUUGCGUCUCCCCGGGUUAUAUCGACACCAAUUUUGUUCAAAUUUUGAUGGAUGAUAUGCCAAAGGUUUUGUCGAGAAUACCAUUGCGAAGGGUUGGACGUCCAAAGGACGUAUCGGGAGUCAUCACCUUCUUGGCAUCGGAUGAUGCCGAUUACAUAACGGGAGAAAGUAUUAUAAUAGCAGGUGGGAUGACUUCCAGACUGUAAAUUUUGUUCAGCACCCUGGAUACCUAUCAUCGUCUAAUCCAUUCAGACCAAACUUUACUAUCUUCGUUCAUUUUUAUAAAUAGAGAUAAUUGACUGAGGAUGUACCCCUUUUAUUGCGCUUGCCUAUUAGCUCUGAUAGAAGGAACUUUUGUAGCCAGUGGUAAACAGAAGGUCUAUACAAAUACAAUUAGUACAUUUUAUAUAAAUUUAUAAUAUAUAAUAAUAUUAUAACAAAAUA